GCAACCUGCAAACACGCUCCUCACCGUCACCCUCCUUCCUGUUCGCCUGGACGAGCUACACGUUUGCAGGAGCAUCAUGUCCUGUUCCUCUCGGAUCUCCUCCUCCCGGGCUGGAGGCAGCAGCGCGGUCAGGGUGUCCGCUGGGAGCGGCAGCUUCAGCAGCAGAAGCAAAUGUGGGCUGGGGAGCAGCUCCGCCCAGGGCUUCCGAGGAGGAGCUGGCAGCAGCUCCGGCCUGAGUGGGGGGUUGAGCGGUGGCUUUGGAGGGGGUUUUGGUAGCUGCUCAGUAGGGGGUGGUUUUGGAGGAGCUUCGGGUUCUGGUCUUGGCGUUGGUAAGGGUUCCGGCUUUGGUGGGGGUUCUGGAUUCAGUGGGGGUCUUGGAUUUGGUGGUGGAUCUGGGUUCGGUGGCGGUUCUGGGUUCGGUGGUGGCGCUACUGGAGGCUUCUGCGGCUUUGGUGGUGGUGCGGGUGGCGGCAUUGGCGAUGGAGGGCUUUUCUCUGGAAGUGAAAAGCAGACCAUGCAGAACCUCAACGACCGCCUGGCCAAUUACCUAGACAAGGUCAGAGCCCUGGAGGAGGCCAACAGUGACCUGGAGAACAGAAUCAAGGAGUGGUAUGACAAGUAUGGGUGCCGGUCUGGCACCGAGGGCUCUGGCAGAGAUUAUAGCAAAUACUAUCCAAUCAUCGAAGAGCUCAGAAAUCAGAUCAUUACUGCCACUAUUGAAAACGCUGGGAUCGUCUUGCAGAUUGACAACGCCAGGCUGGCUGCUGAUGACUUCCGGCUGAAGUACGAGAACGAGCUGCACCUCCGGCAGGCCGUGGAGGCCGACACCAACGGCCUCCGCAAGGUCCUGGGCGAGCUGAGCCUGACUCGCUCCGACCUGCAAAUGCAGGUCGAGAGCCUCACGGAGGAGCUGGCCUUCCUGAAGCAGAACCACGAGGAGGAAAUGAAGAACAUGCAAGGCAGCUCUGGAGGGGACGUGACGGUAGAAAUGAAUGCCGCCCCGGGAACCGACCUGACCAAGCUACUGAAUGACAUGCGGGAGCAGUAUGAGGAGCUGGCCGAGCAGAACCGCCGCGAGGCCGAGGAGCAGUUCCACAAGCAGAGUGCCUCGCUGCAAGCACAGAUCUCCACUGACGCUGGGGCGGCCAGUUCCGCCAGGAGUGAGAUCACAGAAUUGAAACGGACCCUGCAGGCCCUGGAAAUUGAGCUCCAGUCCCAGCUGGCCAUGAAAAACUCCCUGGAGGGGACCCUGGCCGACACGGAGGCCAACUACAUGGCUCAGCUGUCAGAAAUUCAGAUGCAGAUCAGCAGCUUGGAAGAGCAGAUCUGUCAGAUCCGGGGCGAGACCGAAUGCCAGAAUGCAGAGUACGAGCAACUGCUGGACAUCAAGACCCUCCUGGAGAUGGAGAUCGAGACCUACCGCCGCCUGCUGGACGGAGAGGGAGGUGGUUCUGGUUUUGGAGGAUCUGAUUUUAGAAAAUGGGGAUCCAGAAGCAUGGGGUCCAGAAACACGGAAUCCAGGGAUUCCAUGUCGGGUGACUCAAAAUCUGAAAGCUGUUCUAGCCAAGGAAGAGAUCCCAGCAAGACGAGAGUGACUAAGACCAUCAUAGAGGAGGUGGUGGAUGGCAAAAUCGUCUCAUCUAAAGUCAGCAAUGUUUCUGAGGUGAAAGUCAACUGAGCAACUUCCAGAUCAAUAACAGUGUCUUUCGGAGAAAAAGAAAUCUAAAGGAAACAAAGGAAGACGUCGCAUCGAUUUAGCCGUCGGUCUGGAUGACUUCAGGGAAGAGCUUCUGCAUGGAAGUAGAUGCUAACCAAUUGCUUCUGCAGCCUCUUUUUUUUUCUUACUAGAAUGCUCUUCUCCCUCUCUUUCUCCCUCCCUUCCCCUCUCUCUAAAAAUAAAUAAAAUCUUUUAAAAAAGAAUGCUCUUGAAAAAGUUGAAAUGACAACUCUGCUGUAAUUGUCUCUAUGCUUCAAUAAACUUACUUUUGCAAGUUAAUUAAA